AUCUUGAGCAACUUUACAUACAAAGUACGCAGAGAUGUUUCUUCCAAUUUAGCUAUAAAAGCACUCCUGCAAUAUUUCCUAGUUCCAGGGCCUUGUAUUCUUAUUACAAGAGAAUUAAGAUUUUCUCUUCUUUUUUUCUUUUUUCUUUUUUUUUCUCUGAAAGUUCAAAAUGAGUAGAGGCAGCUUGUUCAUAUCCCUACUGUUGUUUGUUACUGCAUGGGUUUGUAAUGUCACAGCUACUGUCUGGUAUGACCAUAAAGCUAUUACUAUCAAUAACCAAAGAAGAAUCCUUAUUUCAGGAUCCAUUCACUACCCAAGAAGCACUCCUGAGAUGUGGCCAGGUCUCAUUCAGAAAGCCAAAGAGGGAGGCAUAGAAGUGAUACAAACUUAUGUAUUCUGGAAUGGACAUGAACCUUCUCCUGGACAAUAUUACUUUCAGGAUAGGUAUGAUCUAGUCAAGUUCAUCAAGUUGGUACAGCAAGCAGGUCUCUAUGUUCAUCUCCGAAUCGGACCUUAUGUUUGUGCUGAAUGGAACUUUGGGGGAUUUCCUAUGUGGCUAAAGUAUGUCCCUGGUAUUGAAUUUAGAACUGAUAAUGGACCUUUUAAGGCGGCAAUGCAAAAGUUUGUUACGCUGAUUGUCAAUAUGAUGAAGGAACAAAAGUUGUUUCAAACUCAAGGAGGUCCUAUAAUUCUGUCUCAGAUAGAAAAUGAAUAUGGACCAGUGGAAUGGACAAUUGGUGCUCCAGGUAAAGCUUAUACAAAAUGGGCAGCUGCAAUGGCAACGGGUCUCAAUACAGGAGUCCCAUGGAUCAUGUGCAAGCAAGAGGAUGCCCCUGAUCCUACAAUUGAUACCUGCAAUGGAUUCUACUGUGAAGGCUACAAACCAAACAACUACAAUAAACCCAAAGUAUGGACAGAAAACUGGACUGGCUGGUAUACAGAAUGGGGUGCUUCAGUUCCUUAUAGGCCACCAGAAGAUACAGCAUUUUCAGUUGCGAGGUUUAUAGCAGCCAGUGGUUCAUUUGUAAAUUAUUAUAUGUACCAUGGAGGAACCAAUUUUGACAGAACUGCAGGCCUUUUCAUGGCCACUAGCUAUGAUUAUGAUGCCCCUCUUGAUGAAUAUGGACUAACACAUGAUCCAAAGUGGGGACAUUUAAGAGAUUUGCACAGAGCUAUCAAGCAAUCUGAACGCGCUUUAGUCUCAGCGGAUCCUACAGUGAUAUCACUUGGGAAAAAUCAAGAGGCUCAUGUUUUCCAAUCAAAGAUGGGAUGUGCAGCAUUCUUGGCAAACUAUGACACACAAUACUCUGCUCGAGUUAACUUCUGGAACAAGCCAUAUUCGCUACCACGUUGGUCCAUCAGUGUUCUCCCUGAUUGCAAGACUGUAGUUUAUAACACUGCAAAAAUUAGUGCCCAAAGCACCCAGAAGUGGAUGAUGCCUGUUGCUUCUGGAUUUUCUUGGCAGUCACAUAUUGAUGAAGUUCCCGUUGGUUAUUCUGCUGGUACAUUUACCAAGGUCGGACUAUGGGAGCAGAAGUAUCUCACUGGUGAUAAAACUGAUUAUUUGUGGUACAUGACAGAUGUAACUAUAAACUCUAACGAAGGGUUUUUGAGGUCUGGCAAAAAUCCUUUUCUGACAGUUGCUUCAGCUGGCCAUGUUUUGCAUGUUUUUAUCAAUGGUCAUUUAGCAGGAUCUGCAUAUGGAUCAUUGGAGAAUCCUAAGUUAACAUUUAGCCAGAAUGUGAAGUUAGUGGGUGGUGUUAACAAGAUUGCUUUGUUAAGUGCUACUGUCGGUCUUGCUAAUGUCGGUGUGCAUUAUGAUACAUGGAAUGUUGGGGUUCUAGGUCCAGUCACAUUGCAGGGUCUGAAUCAAGGGACACUAGACAUGACAAAAUGGAAAUGGUCUUACAAGAUUGGUCUGAAGGGCGAAGAUUUGAAACUCUUCUCUGGAGGUGCAAAUGUUGGCUGGGCCCAAGGAGCACAAUUGGCUAAAAAGACACCGCUAACAUGGUACAAGACUUUCAUUAAUGCACCGCCAGGCAACGAUCCAGUAGCUUUAUAUAUGGGUAGCAUGGGUAAAGGUCAGAUGUAUAUAAAUGGCCGAAGUAUUGGACGCCACUGGCCUGCAUAUACCGCCAAAGGUAAUUGUAAAGAUUGUGAUUACGCCGGAUAUUAUGAUGAUCAGAAAUGUAGAUCUGGAUGCGGACAGCCCCCUCAACAAUGGUAUCAUGUUCCACGCUCAUGGCUGAAACCCACGGGGAAUCUGUUAGUUGUAUUCGAAGAAAUGGGUGGUGAUCCGACAGGAAUUUCUUUGGUAAAAAGAGUUGUAGGAAGUGUUUGUGCUGAUAUAGAUGAUGACCAACCAGAAAUGAAAAGCUGGACAGAGAACAUCCCAGUCACGCCCAAAGCCCAUCUGUGGUGUCCGCCAGGCCAGAAGUUCUCUAAGAUCGUCUUUGCCAGCUACGGAUGGCCUCAGGGUAGAUGCGGCGCCUAUCGACAGGGGAAGUGUCAUGCCUUAAAGUCAUGGGACCCUUUCCAAAAGUACUGCAUUGGAAAGGGAGCAUGCGAUAUAGAUGUGGCUCCUGCAACUUUUGGAGGGGAUCCUUGUCCAGGAAGUGCAAAGAGGCUUUCGGUCCAACUUCAAUGCAGCUGAAAACCUGAAUUUCAAAAUUGAAUUGUGGAAAAGUAUUCAGAAUCUAGAAUUUUCUUUUUGUCUUUUUUUUCUUGGAUUCAUUCUUUCAAAGAUUAUUGUUUUCUCUGUUGAAAACGUUUAUCGCAAUUUGGCAAAGCCAAAGAUAAGUGAUUGUAAAGAUAUCUUUGAGAGUUUGUAAAGAUAAUAAUGUAUUACUUGCCACAACAAUUCAAAACAAUGGAAGAACAAAUUUUAGUUCGUUA